AAAGCAAGAUGGAGUACAAUGAAGCACUCAAGUCUUAUCACAGCUCCCCUGCAUACCAGGCAUGGGUGGCUGCCAAGGUUAGGGCCCAGCAAGCUGCCGAAGAACGGGAGGCCCUUGAAAGGAGUCCAUCGGUUGUAAGUUCGUCCCUUACGAGUUCUCAAAAAAGUGAUGGCAAGGUUAGCAUACAGCCGGCAGAAGAUGAAGAUGAUAUCGAUGAGUUCUUCAUGAAGCACAUAGCAGCAUCUCGAUACAUGCUGAAUCACAGGUUGAUCAACGAAAUCUUCAGUGAUGCUGUGGUGCCUGACGUAAGAUCGGUUGUCACAACAGGGCGGAUGGGUGUUCUUAAGCGUCAAGUGCAGUCCCUCACUAUGCACCAGGAAAAAUUGGAAGCUGAACUGCAGCAGAUAGAGAAGAAAUUCCAAGCCAAAAAGCGAAAGUUCCUUGAUGCCAGCAAGGGAAAG